CACCAGCUUCAGCUCCACGUGUGCAGUGGCAUGCAGUCGAACGAUGACGGGCACAACUUUUGGAUGCAAUCCUCCAGGGUGUGCUUUUAUGCAGCUUACGGCACAACAGGUGUUGCAGCAGUGUGGUUUGCCUUCAUCAACUUCCUUGGGGAUGAGCUGUACCAUCCCUUGGAUUUCUUCUCAAACAAGAUGCGCACGAGGCCGUACUGGUACUUGCUGGUCCUUGCAGCGACGGGCGGUCUCUUAGGCAUAGAUAUGGCAAGUGGCUAUUUGGACGAGCUUUCAAAUACUCUGCCAGAACUUGUAGUUUGCACAAAUCUGCAGGGCUUCGUCCUCGUGGGAAGAAUGAUGCUUUCUGAAUCUGCUGGUGCAGCAAUGGUGACAAUGCUUGCCCACAUGAUCAUCACGAAGGGCCUGGUUGUGAUCGUAACAGUUCCUACUGCACCCUUCAUGCCUGGCGCGGUAUACUCGAAUGCAUACUUCCUGCUGUACAUGUUCUUUGUUUUCUUCCUGAAGGUUGCGGCAGAGCGUCAUGCACGUUAUUUGGUGAGAAUAGAGUACCAUUCCAAGUUUGUUUUGAAAGAUGGGGCCGAGCGUGUCCCAAAGCUAUGGGCGCAAACGAUUCUACGUGGUUGUCCCAUUCUACUUGUUGUUACUGACAUCUUGUUCCUGGCCGUCUAUUUGAUUUCUCGAGGAGAGUACGGAAAGACCAUCACCAUUCUAUACUUCAUCAUUGCUUUGGCCAUGCUGUUGGGCUGUUGCUCCCAGUACAAAUCUGGCACCACCGUGGAGUGAGCUUGGUCCCACACAACUUCCAGUUUGGCAGUAGAUUCAGGAUGAUUCAGAGACCUCAAAUUUGGGAUCUCACUCAAGCAUACUCGGCAGCCAUUGCCUUCAUCAAUACGAUGAAGGCCUGAAGUGUGUGCUGCCCGCAAUGCCCGCAUCAAAGAAAGAUGUGGGGAAAAUGUACGCUCCAAGUCUUCGCAAGUCUUGC